AUGUCUGGGGUCCUUUGUGACAGAAAAGUACCACCAAGAGUGAAAGGGAAGACACACCGGACGGUGGUACAACCAGCAAUGCUGUAUGUUAUGGAAGCAGUUCCACAGAGCAUCCGUGAUACAAAGAAACUAGAAGUGGCAGAAAUGAAAAUGUGCAGAUGGGCCCUUGGGCAUACUUUGAAAGAUCAUGUGAGAAAUGAAUACAUAAAAGAACGAAUGGGAAUUGUUAGUAUUGGGGUAAGGUGCAAGGAAAGUCGCCUGAGGUGGUUUGGCCAUGUCAAGAGGAGAGAUGAGGUCUAUGUUGGCAGGAGGGUGAUGGAUAUGAGGCUGCCAGGAAGGAGAAAGCGUGGUAGACCAAAGCUGAGAUGGAGGGACUGUGUGAGGAGAGACCUGGAUUCGAUUGGAGCAAAGGAGGAGGAUACCCUGGACCGAAGGACCUGGAGAGCGAGGACCGCCGCAGCGACCCCACAAAAUAGUGGGAUAAGCUAUGAAGCAGCGGCUCGGGCAGAAAAGAAAUCAAUGCAAAUGUCCAAUGUGAUCCUCGCAAACUGCAUGGCUAACAUAUCAGGUUCAGAUCAGGAAACAGGCAAGCCUGAGAAAUAA